AUGCCUUCGCCAUGGGAGGUCACCAAGCUCUCCUCAUUAUGGAAGACGGACCCCCCGCGGGGAUUUACUAUAACAAGCACUACGCCAGCUUGCCGUCGCCCCGGAAAAACAGACCCCCCCUGGGUUUUUCUUGGCGCUGGAGAAAACUCCGAGAAAAUGCGAAGCUCGUGA